ACGAUGAUGGUCCAGCUCGAUCGGAAAACCAAAAUUCGGGUAGUGGCUCUGUUUGCAAUGUUCAUCUACAUGGUUGUAUUAAUUAUAGUGAUUGCUGGAACGAUUCUCCUGGCCUUGAAAAACGCGAUAGGGGCCAUUAUCACCUUCACUUCAUUGGGCCUGUUGUCCUUCGGGUUGGUCGCGGCGCUGCAGUGGUUCUUGUCGUCCCUGGAGAGCAGCGCCAGGGACACCCCUCCGCCCUACAGAGCUUCGUGGUGGUUCCAGUACUGGAGACGCUCAGCCUCGAAUGCGCGGAUUCAAACGUCUGCCUUACACGAACGCAGCGCUCUCGAUCCAGCCACGCCCUCGAAUAUCUCUCUCUCUUCGGUGGGCGUGAGGGAGGAAGAGUCUGACGGAGGGACAAGGACGGCUGAUGGGCGCGUUUUCAUAUCUGUUCCAAAAAUGGAAGACGAAGAUCCGCCAUCUUAUGAGGAGGCAAUGAGGGCUUGUGCAGCAGCUAACUUAUGACGUCACUGAGGUAGCAUCGUUGAGUUGAAUGUAUUUAAGGUAAUUUCAAAAAGUUUAUUUAUGUGAGUAGCUCAAUGGUGCAUUUGGAAAUGUAAAGUUCUCGUUAUUUUAAAUGCUGUAUAUUUUCAUACACUGUACUGUAUAUCACUUUGUUUUGUUUAUGCAUCCUCUUUAUCGUUUCCCUCAUAUUUUCGUAAAUUUACACAAGACGCGAAAACAUAAUUAACUUGGACAACUGUGCCAUUUUAAAUAUGUAGUUUUUAACUGGAUAUCCUUUCAUAACAUCAAGUCACCAACAUAUUGAUCGCAAAUAAAUAAAAA